CGCGCCCUUCCCCGGGGGGCUUCCUGCCCGCAUGACCGUCCGCAAGGGCGAGAAGCUGCCCAUCAGCAUCCAGGAGCAUAUGGCCAUCGAUGUGUGCCCGGGGCCCAUCAAGCCCAUCAAGCAGAUCUCCGACUAUUUCCCCCGCUUCCCCCGGGGGCUGCCGGCGCCCCCGCGGGGCCCCGCGGCCCAGGGGCCGGGCAGCCCCUCCGGCCCGCCCCGGCCCGGGGACGACGACGACGAGGACGUGGACCGGCUGUUCGGGGCGUUUGGCGGGCGGCCGGACCAGCGGGAGGAGGAGGCGGCGCCGGACCCCGAGGGCUACGAAUCCGACGACUGCACUGCCCUGGGGACAUUAGAUUUCAGUUUGCUGUACGACCAGGAAAACAACGCUCUCCACUGCACAAUCAAUAAAGCUAAGGGCCUGAAGCCAAUGGAUCACAACGGCUUGGCAGACCCGUACGUCAAACUGCACUUAUUGCCAGGAGCCAGCAAGGCCAACAAGUUAAGGACCAAAACUUUGCGCAACACCUUGAACCCCACCUGGAACGAGACCCUGACCUACUACGGGAUCACAGACGAGGAUAUGAUCCGCAAGACACUGAGGAUCUCAGUCUGUGACGAAGACAAGUUCCGCCACAACGAGUUCAUCGGCGAGACGAGGAUUCCCCUGAAGAAGCUCAAGCCCAAUCAGACCAAAAACUUCAGCAUCUGCCUGGAGAAGCAGCUGCCGGUGGAUAAGACAGAAGACAAGUCCCUGGAAGAACGAGGCCGGAUCCUCAUCUCCUUAAAAUACAGUUCACAGAAGCAAGGCCUCCUCGUGGGCAUCGUGAGGUGCGCGCACCUGGCCGCGAUGGAUGCCAAUGGAUACUCUGAUCCCUACGUGAAAAUAUAUCUCAAGCCCGACGUGGACAAGAAAUCAAAGCACAAGACGGCAGUGAAAAAGAAAACAUUGAACCCGGAAUUCAAUGAGGAAUUUUGUUAUGAAAUCAAACACGGGGACCUGACCAAAAAGACCUUAGAAGUGACAGUUUGGGACUAUGACAUUGGAAAAUCCAACGACUUUAUCGGAGGUGUGGUCCUGGGCAUCAAUGCCAAGGGAGAGCGCCUGAAGCACUGGUUUGACUGCCUGAAGAACAAGGACAAGAAGAUGGAGCGGUGGCACACCCUGACCAACGAGCUGCCAGGCACCACCUCCAUCCUGAGUGACUGACCGCGCCCACAGGCCGGCGGGGCAGGGAGCGAGGGAGGAAGGAGGCAUGGUGUGUGCAAGAGGGAUUGAUGAGUAUAGCAGGGAGGCUGCUGCUGUUGCCAGAGGCCCCACUGAGGAACAGGGGUGAGAUGAGCAAAGAGGGAGGAACGGAGCCCACAUCCCUGCUUCCCAAAUGGAGUCCCCUGAGGCAUCUCUUAGGCCUGGGGUAAGGGUGGCAACGGCGCCAGGGCAGCUACCAGCUCCAUUGGUUUGUGUGGCUCUUACCCACCUGUGCGAGACGCUGUUGGUUUUAAUUAACUGAACUGGCAAGGACCCCCAAGAGAGUGGCCUGUUGCCUUGGUGGGUGGUUGUCUCUGUUUGUCACUUUUCUAAUUGGUCCCUGUGUGGCUGACGUGCAUGGAACCCCGCUGUCCUCCCUCUCCAAACUUGGUCUGUUUGAUACUGUUUUGCUACAUUGUGAAGGCUGCAGCAACUGUCCCUCACUGCACGCCGCCACCAGAAUUUUUGUACUUCAGUAUUAUCUACACAACUGUGUACUUUUGGGGUCCUCUUUGUUAAUAUUUAUAACAAUGUCUAGCACCUACAGUAAAGUGGAAAAAAGCA